UCUAUUGAGAAUUUUGGACAUUUUUACUCUAUUUCUAGGGUUCUGAAAUUCACUUCUUCUACUUCUUCUUAUUGUGAGUUUUGAAUCAGCAUCAAUGAAUCCCUUAACGCUAGUAAAGCGUAUUCAACAGAUAAAUUCAAAAGAAGCAGCUCUAGGUAUAUCGGAUGAUGCUUCAUGGCAUGCUAAAUAUAAAGAAUCUGCAUAUGUUUUUGUUGGUGGUAUUCCUUAUGAUCUUACUGAAGGUGAUCUUCUCGCCGUUUUUAGUCAGUAUGGAGAGAUUGUUGAUGUUAAUCUUGUUAGAGAUAAAGCGACAGGUAAAUCGAAAGGGUUUUGUUUUGUUGCAUAUGAAGAUCAGAGAAGUACAAAUCUUGCUGUAGAUAACUUGAAUGGAGCUAAUGUUCUUGGUCGCAUUAUUCGGGUUGAUCAUGUUACAAAGUACAAAAAGAAAGAAGAAGAGGAUGAAGAAGAGGAACAGCAGAAGAGGGAGGAGCGUGGUGUAUGCCGUGCCUUCCAAAGGGGCAAUUGUAAUCGUGGAGCUUCGUGCAAGUUUUCACACAAUGAACAAAGAGCUGCGAACACGGGUUGGGGUGAUAAGGAAGAUACCGGUGCAAGAUGGGGAAAAGACAAGUACGAUGGUUCAUCAAAGGGUCCCAAAAGUACUGGCAACAUGUCGUCCGACCGUCACGGAGAGCCUAAGGGAGGGUUCUCAAGGUUUAGGUCAGAUGAUAAAAACAGGAGACUACCUAGAUCUGAGGAGAACGAAGGGAAGAAGAAUAUCUUUGAGAAACAAAUUGAAACGAAACCAAGAGAUGAGGAUAGGCGAAUCAAUGGUAAAAGGUCAGAGAGGUAUGAGAAAGAAACAAAUCACAAGGACUUGGACAGGCGGUGGACUGAACGGUCUUCAAGUCAUGAUUCUGAAUUGAACCUGAAGGAAGAUGGGGAUGACAGAGGAAGGCAGGAGAACUCUGGAAGGCGUGAUUCAGAACUAAGUUAUAAAGGUGACCGUGAGAAUAGAAAGGAAGAAAGAUUGGGAAGACAUGAAUCAGAAAGAUAUCAAAAAGAAGAACGGCACCACAGGGAAGAUGAAAAGCGACCAAGGUAUGAUAGAGAUUCUUCUUACCAUCACAGGAGAGAGGAAACUGAUACAAGCCAGAGGAGGUCACAUAGAUAAAAGAGUCCUUUGGAUGGAUUUGAUGAUAGCUGACAGAUGGUUCCAAUUGAUCAAGAAUAUCAGGUAAGCAUUGGGUCCUUUUUUUUUCUUAAUCGUCUACAUGCCUGAACUUUGUAUCAGUUGUGAUAUCGUAUUGGUCUUGCAUUUGAUAAUUGCAAUAUUUAGAACUGAAAUGUUUGCUUCCCAACAUUAUAAUCUAUGUGAGCUCAUUUUGGUUGAAACAAAGCCUAUCUUCAGGCAUGCCUUCUCUACCUGAAUAUGUAAAUUAUCAUUCAGUCGCUUAUUUCUGCAUUUUGGUUUCAC